AUGAACAACACUAAAGGCGAGGAAACGUUGGCGUAUCAGAACGGUGUCGUUUCUUACGCCGAUCUAGAUACCAACUCCCCCUCCUCCUCCGCCAACCGCCUCCAAAAAAUUGCGGGAGAGCGAGUGCCGGAGAGGGAAGCAGAAGAAGAACAAUCGCAAGGCCUUUAA